AUGAGUUCCCACCAAACUGAAACACCGACGAAUGAUGACGCCGUGGUCCCAAAGACACAGUCGUCUGAGGACUUCGGAGAACCGUCGCCAUUGAGAAAGAUGAUAUCCGUGUCAUCGAUCGCCGCCGGUGUGCAGUUUGGAUGGGCCUUACAGCUAUCACUCCUCACCCCCUACGUUCAGCUUCUCGGUAUCCCACAUAAGUGGUCUUCUCUCAUCUGGCUAUGUGGUCCCAUCUCCGGGAUGCUUGUCCAGCCAACGGUCGGUUACUACAGCGACAGGUGCACGUCGAAAUUCGGUCGUAGACGUCCUUUUAUCGCGUCCGGAGCGGCUCUCGUCGCGGUCGCGGGUAUUAUGAUAGGAUACGCUGCUGAUCUCGGACAAGCGACGGGGGAUAAACUCGACGACGCGGUUAAGGUGAAUGCCAUAUGGUUCUUCGCGCUAGGUUUCUGGAUCCUCGACGUGGCGAACAACACUCUCCAAGGACCUUGCCGCGCGUUUUUAGCAGAUUUAGCCGCUGGAGACGCGAGGAAAACGCGGACCGCAAACGCGUUUUUCUCGUUCUUCAUGGCGGUUGGUAACAUUUUGGGAUACGCGGCGGGUUCUUACACCAACCUGCAUAAGAUAUUCCCUUUCACGAUGACUAAGGCUUGCGAUCUUUACUGUGCCAAUCUCAAGAGUUGUUUCUUCCUCUCUAUUAUCUUACUUUUAUUAGUCACAAUAUCAUCGCUCUGGUACGUUAAGGACAAGCAAUGGGCACCGGCGAAAGGAGACUCAAACGUGAAAACACCGUUCUUCGGAGAGAUCUUUGGAGCUUUCAGGGUGAUGGAACGUCCCAUGUGGAUGUUGAUAAUUGUCACGGCGCUAAACUGGAUCGCGUGGUUCCCUUUCCUUUUGUUCGAUACUGAUUGGAUGGGUCGUGAAGUGUACGGUGGAGACUCAAGUGGAAACGACAAUUUGAAGAGGCUUUACAACCAAGGAGUGCACGCUGGUGCGUUGGGACUUAUGAUAAAUGCGAUUGUUCUUGGGUUCGUGUCGCUUGGUAUUGAAUGGAUUGGUCGGAAAAUCGGUGGAGCUAAAAAUCUUUGGGGAGCUGUGAACUUUAUUCUUGCAGUGUGUUUGGGCAUGACGGUUUUGGUUUCAAAGUAUGCUGAGGCUCACAGGAAAGUUGCUGGUGAAUUAGCCGGUCCGACCGAUGGCAUUAGAGCUGGUGCAUUGACUAUCUUCGGUUUUCUUGGUAUUCCACUCGCUGUUACGUUCAGUAUUCCAUUCGCACUAGCUUCCAUAAUCUCAAGCGACUCUGGCGCAGGCCAAGGGCUUUCAUUGGGAGUUUUAAAUUUGGCAAUCGUGAUACCACAAAUGGUGGUGUCACUUGGAGCUGGACAGUUCGAUGCAUGGUUCGGAGGUGGAAACCUACCAGGAUUUGUGGUCGGAGCAAUUGCAGCGGCAAUAAGUGGUGUAGUGGCAAUCACCGUUCUGCCUUAG